GCUUCUAUGUACAUAUUCCAUGUCGGUUGAUCUUGUUUUAAAAUGGGAUACAACGGCAAUCUGUUCCGCUGGAUGAUCAUGUUCCGCUAAUCACGUGACGUAAUCUUCUACCGUAAUUUGUCAACCGCAAUUUUUUGUGUAUCGAACAAUCUUCGUAUUUAUAUUGCACCGUAAUUUGUCGAUCGGAAUUUUGCCUAAUUUCCUUAUAAACUUUCAUGACGCGUGUAUGGAUGGAAAUCGGACGGCCAGGAAAAUAAAUAGUGACACAAGCUGUCACACUUAUUACCGUAUUACUCCGCCUGUCACUGCCUGAUUGCCUCCUCAUGGGCGCAUCGCGCUGUGCGCUUAUUUAUUCCUGCCACAAAUUAUUUCCGUCCACUCUUCCUGCAUUAUUCAUCUCCAGCGCAGUGCAACGCCGUCGUCAGUGACCCGUCCGUGUUCCCGGCGAAACUGGAGCACGAUUGUGGAGUUUGCGCUAAUUAUCCACUGAAGAAGAUAUCCUGAUUGGGCGUCCCGAAGCGUCUCCUAACAAAAUCCCCGGCAAUUGUUACGCGUGACCGGCAUGGCGAUCACGUGAGCGCCGCGUAACGAACGGUAUCGCUGUUAAUUACCUCGUGGCUGCGUCCCUUUGGGUGGACGUAGCGUGGAACAGUAAUUACGUGUCACUACAGAAUAUACAAGUAGACAUUCCCGGCGCUCUUCCCGAAUCCAGAGCGUAGCGCUAUAUCCAGUUGCAGUCCAUGUUAAUCCGCAGCGCAACCGGCAUCCGAUCCACGCAACGGUAAAGCGAUAGUUGUCUGUGUUUGCGCUUGUACCAUACAGUCUGCGCGCUGCGAACGACCGUAGUUAGAAUCAUCAACAUUUUGGCCGGGAUUGCCGGGAUUCAAGUGCGAUCUUAUCCCGGGAUAAGUGUGGACAUAACAAUCCCCUGAAGACCCGGCGCGGAAUCGCAGCCUAUACGAUAAGAGGAUGAGCAAUAGUUCCCUGUUGCCGCUGAAUGAGUGCGGUUGGCCGAUGGCCAUCUUCCCCAACACCAGCACGGAGCGCCACAAUAUCCGCUAUUUGGAUCUGUAUUCCUAUCCACCGCUGCUGGCCAUCGCCACCCUCGGCAACCUGGUCAACAUCAUCGUGCUCAAACGGGAAAAGCCCUGUACUCCGAAGAAUGUGUAUCUCAUUGCCAUCGCACUGACCGAUCUGAUCUUUAUGUGGAGUGCCAUCAUCUCCUACAUCUCGAACUACGACGGCGAAGUACACGGUCGACCCACGCCGGCCAUAAGAAAAGCCAUCGAUCGCAUUAGAGGCAUCGGUCCAUUUUGCCAGGAGUGGGCGGUCAUGUCGUCUUCUUGGAUAAUUAUCGCCUUCACCACCGAGCGGUUUGUGGCUAUCAAGUACCCCCUUCAGCACAAGAUCAAAGACAAUCUACGCCACUGUCGUGUCAACGUGUACGGCACCUUUCUGGUAGCGCUGCUGCUGGCUAGUCACCGCUUAGUGGAUUACUACUGGUUCCACAUCAACAGUGACGGAAUGGGUCGGCGGCCUCCGCGACCCUAUCAUCUGUACAGAUGGAACAUGGCCCACGAGUGGGCAAUUGUUGUGCUGCAGCUACUCACCCUGGCCGUGAUGAUCAUCCUCAACGCGAUGCUCUUACGCGAAAUCAUCCGCACCCGCCAAUUUCACCGUCCAGAGCUGGCGCACGCCCGCGCCUCCUACUGCGUCUCGGACGGCAGCGAAAUCUCCGCCCAACUGAGCAGCGCCAGUUCUACCACGCCCCCCAAGUACACGGUCCGCCCGGAGCGCAACGCCCUGAUUCUGCUGGGCGGCGUGGUGCUGCUGUUCCUCUGCACGCAAGUCCCGGCGGUCUACUUCGUCGUCCUCAACCUGCUGGAGAAAUCAUGCAUCCGGGAGAUGCCAGUGUACAUUAAGGCGGUGGCGGUGCCCCUCCGCAACUUCUUCAUGAACGUCAACUUCUCCGGCAACUUCCUGGUGUACUGCAGCGUGGACCGGCGCUUCCGCAGUAGUGUGUACCAUGUGUGUCAUGCGCCGCCGGAACGGACCGCGGCGGUGCGCCGGGAGAACUUCCGCAUGAAUGAUGUGCACAAGUUGUCGGAGAAGUCCACGGCGCCGUUGGUGGCCACGUUAUCCCAAGAAUGAUGACACCCUUCCGUUCAAUACGAUAAUUCCGUAUUACCUUGCUGACUAUACUGGCCAGUGGCAGUUCAAUGCACUGCGGUAGUCGCUCUAAAACUGCGUCAGUUUUGUUGGCCGCACUGACACUUUUACUUUCACACAAACACUUUUAGAGCUCUAUCUGGAGCGCGUGAUGGCGUAAUGAUAUAACAUUCCGUGAUCAGUUAAUUUUCUUGUAUUACUUUUUGCACCGUCCAGGAGCUAUUGAUCGCUACAAGUAUUGUAUCUCGGUAACUGCUCGAUCAUUGCAAGCAGUAGCGGUUUAAUUGAAAGUAUAUCUGUAAACCACUUCGCCGUCGUCGACAUGAACGUACUGAAUCUGUUGCAUGCAUGUA